GGGGCCUCCUGAGCCUAUGCAAGUUGACCAGCCUGAGGAUAAUGAGAAUAGCCAUGAGCUGGUAUAUGCAGUGGAAAAUCCAACCAUGGAUCUUGAGGCGUAUGCUGCUCAGUACUCUGGGCUGGCUAAAAUCAACCGACUACUGUUCAUAGCCGUUCACUGUCCCAGUUUCCGGAUUGAAGCACUGAAGAUGUCACUGUCUUACUCGCAAUCUACGUAUAAUACACAAAUGUAUCAACACAUCCAUAGAAAGUUACAAGAGGCUUCAGCAAGCUCUUCCGCACUGCCAGAUGCCAUUGCUGGCUUAGUUCAUAGUAUUCCUGCAUUGGACACACAGUGGGUAGAGACGACCAAUAAGAAAGCUGCCAUGAAACUGGAAAAACUAGAUACAGAUUUGAAAAAUUACAAAGGCAACUCUAUUAAAGAAAGCAUAAGGAGAGGACAUGAUGAUCUCGGCGACCAUUAUCUAGAUCAAGGAGACCUUAGCAAUGCGCUGAAGUGUUUCUCGAGAGCUCGUGACUACUGCACCAGUUCCAGACAUGUUGUCAAUAUGUGUCUGAAUGUAAUCAAGGUUAGCGUCCACCUUCAAAACUGGUCUCACGUGCUAAGUUACGUCAACAAAGCUGAAGCAACUCCCGAAAUUUCUGAGGUUCGCCAAAGAGAUAUGAAGGACAACCUCUACGUCGUGACUAAACUGAAAUGUGCUGCAGGUCUCGCGGAACUAGCAACUAAAAAAUACAAAGCAGCAGCCAAAUACUUCCUACAAGCUUCUUUUGAUCACUGUGAUUUUCCUGAUCUUCUCUCACCCAACAAUGCUGCCAUGUAUGGUGGUCUUUGUGCACUGGCGUCUUUCGACCGGCAAGAAUUACAGAAAAAUGUCAUAUCUAGCAGUUCUUUCAAGUUGUUUCUGGAAUUAGAGCCCCAGCUUAGAGACAUUAUUUUCAAGUUUUAUGAAUCCAAGUAUGCAUCAUGUUUGAAAAUGUUAGAUGAGGUUAAGGACAAUCUUCUUCUAGAUAUGUACCUUGCCCCACAUGUCAAUACACUUUACACUCAGAUUAGAAACAGGGCUCUUAUUCAGUAUUUCAGUCCAUACAUGUCUGCAGAUAUGAGAAAAAUGGCAUCAGCAUUCAACACCACUGUGACCGAAUUGGAAGAUGAAUUGAUGCAGCUAAUACUAGAUGGACAGAUCAGUGCUAGGAUUGACUCUCACAACAAGAUUCUGUAUGCCAGAGAUGUAGACCAGCGGAGUCACACUUUUGAGAAGUCUCUUGCCAUGGGAAAAGCUUUCCAACGGAGAACGAAGGCAUUAAUACUGAGAUCCGCAAUGCUGAAAAAUAACAUUCAUGUGAAGGCAAGUACAUCUUCAUAAGCUGCAAAAUGGCUUUCCUCGUGGAGCUCUCUAGCAUGAACCAACCACAGGACUGUAGCAGUGGAGAGUCCGCCACUGCGCACCGUGCUACAACAUCUACUCGCCUUUGAUGACAGUCGACACUAUGUAGUUGUUAUAGUAUACAUUUAUCAUGAAGUAAACAAUGUAGCAAUCUUGCUUAUGAUGUAAGUUAGCAUAUAUGACAACCGUAUUAAAAUUGGCUACACAGUGUCCACACUUGUGUUGUAAUAUUACCAGUCUAUUGUCGCCUUGUAAAUUAUGCACUGUAUUAUUUACUUGGUUUCUGAAAAAAAAAAACGUUUUGCAGCAGUAUCAAAAACAGUUUGUUGUGGCUAUUAUAUAUCCGUGUACAACCUUUGUCAGUCGACUCUUCGCGGGAUCGCACGUACAAUGAACGAGAUUGAGUUGAUUCUACAUCGGCUAAGUUAGAGUUUAUUAUUGCGAAUGUGCAAUGCAAAGUACCGGUACGUCUCAGUAUUAUUUUUUUCAUCUGUUCAUUUGUCGAUUUUUAUUUGUAACACUUUAUUUAAAAUAAACUUGUAAUUCCCGCUGUA